AGCUGGGGACAGUUGUUCAGCGUCGCCUCUUCUCUUCUCUUCUGUGGACACUUUAGACUAAACACACACGCACAUGAACACAGCAGCUGAUCCCGCUGAUAGGAAGCGAUGGAGACAUACAUGAGACAGAGACGUGGUGAAAUGGUGUGACCUCUGUUAUGUGUGUGGACUGAGGUUUGGUGACAAACUUUUCUGCUUCUCCUUUUUUUCUCUCGCCCUCGAUCUUGUCCUCGGUGUUUCACUCACACACACACACACACACACACACACACACACACACACACACACACACACACACACAGGGCUUCUUUCCAUUCGUGCUGCGUUCAAGUGCUCCCAUAAGCUCCGAUAUUUAUAUGAUUGAAUCGCAGGAGUUUGAUCAGAAGUGUCUUCUUUAUCUGAGACAGGAAAGGGAGCCGUACUCUCUGAUGUGACUUUAGGGAUGUCGGAUGGUCACAUGUGUUUUAUCACAGGACCAUGUACGUGAGCCGUCUCAGGGCACUUCCUUUAAAUAGGUGAGGGAAUCAUGGGAAAUGGAGUGGGCACAGGUCCCAAACAAUAUCCCUGGAAAAAGUCAGACUUCACUAAAUUAAUAUGCAUUAUAUGCAAACAAAAUAUUACAUUCUAAUCUAAAUCAACAUAUUAUUUCUAUUUUUAGAUGAUCUAUUGAUUGUUUUUUAAACUUUUAUCGAUUAAUCUACUUUAAAUAUUAAAAAAAGGACAUCUCUACAGUCUGUCAUUGUUUUCUCUGACCAAAAGUCCAAAAAUCAUAUUCCACAAUAUGACAACUUGUAGAAUUUGGAAGCAGGAAAUGUUCAAUCAAUCAAUUAUUUACUCAUCAAAAUAAAUUUGCUGAUUAAUUUUCUUUUGACCGCCCAGUUGAGUAAUUGAGGAAUCAUUUCAACUCUAAUGACCCUUCCUUAUAAUCAGUGGUGAAAUGUAAUGAAGUACAUUUACUCAAGUAUGAUUUUAAGGCAAAACUAUUUUAUUAGUUAAGCUUUAUGCUACUUUAUACUGAUACUUCCCUGCAUUUUGGAGGCCAAUAUUGUACUUUUUACUCCACCACAUUUAUUGAUCACUUUGUAGAUUUAGAUUAUUAAUAUAAAAUAUGAGUCAACUAAUAAAGUGUGAUAUAUUAUUAUAGGUUAAACAACCCAGCAUUGACAACAGAAUGAAAAAAAUGAUUUCCCCUAGUAUAUAAAAUUAAAAAUAAAUAAAUAAAUAAUUUAAAAAAGAAAAAAAGCUCCACAUUUACUUGCUGCAACAUUAAACUGUUGUACACAUGAAUGCACCAGUAUUAUAAUCCAAUAAUAUCAUAUAUAUAAGUCUGAAAUGAGUCAUUAUGCAGAACUAGUACUUUAACUUUCAUGUUUAUGCUAAUAAUUUUGUUAAAUUUGAAUACUUCUUUCACAAUAGCAUAUUAUUAACACGCCCAGUAUCCCACAAUGCAAUGCCCUCAUCCUGGACCCCUGAUUCAAGACACAUAAGAUAGGUAGGCUAUAUCAAAUAUUAAUUAUAGAUAGUGUGUACGCAAAUAUUGUGUUGAUAGAGAUAAUGAGCUAAUCACCAUACUGGAUUUACCCCGGAAUUCCCACCGUUUGCCAGUUUUCCUCCCCGAGUGGCGACAUUUCCGACAACACCUGAAGGCAGCGCCAGUGAAACGACAAGAGACAGGAGCGAGAGACACAGAGAAGCAGCGCGGGGAGCAGAGAGAGAGAGAGAGAGAGAGAGAGAGAGAGAGAGAGAGAGAGAGAGAGAGAGGAACCUGUACUGUUGUCUAACACAAGGAGAGAGGAAUUCACCACACAUCAUAAUAAUUCAGCACCGUUUUCUCCCAGAGUUGAACCCCGGGUCGCUGUUGUCAGUCGCCGCACUGGAAGAUACAGUGUGUCUCCUCAUAUCUGUGCCGGAUCUGGACUCUUUAUAUUUGCUUUUUUUGGAGAGCUGCACCGGUCCUUCUUUUUUUUUCUGUGAGUGUGUGUUUGAGCUCAGCGGUGCUUUAACUGGUGAAUGAUACACAGCAUGUGCAAGCCGUGUUAUACAGAGCUCACUGUUUCAUGACCUGGAAGCUGCUAAUAUGCUUGAAAAAUGAAGAGAAACCAAUAAAAUGAAGAAAGGAAGUGUGGUGGAAUAGCAACUCUGAUGAAAAGACCUCUCAGAACAUCCAUCCACGGACAAUGAUGACCUGGAAUUGACUGAAAACCUUCCUUUUAUUCGGAGAAAGAGAUUAGAGUUAAAUCUCACUCAUGAUUUAUUUGCUGGGGCUUAUUAACCCUGCAAAAGAGUUUACAUUUGAUGCAUGUGUCUGAAUAAAUGAUAAAGCUACAUGCAUUGCUUUCUAUGGUGCCAGAGGCACACAGAUAGUUUGAUUCACUUAUUCAUUGACAGCACUAGAUGAAGAUGGAUAGAUGGUGUUGUAUCCAGUAACUGGAGAGUGCUAAAUGAGCUGCUGUGUAAGCAGCUUGAUCUCUGGAUGAUUGAAGGCAGAUAGCAUUUUAACUGACCACCAAAGGUGCAGUAGACAUCCCUAGAUGUUUAACUGCAGAUAGCAGUAGUUUCUGUUUUUUGAGCUUGUGAAAGGCCAGGUAGACAGGGAAGUUUAUUUCGUACAAUGAAUACUAGAGAGCGUGUGGAGGUGAUGGAGACACGGGCGGGAGUUCAGAAGGAGAAGCUGAUUGGAGACCAGGUCAACCCUGGUAAAGAGGUUGAGGGUGAGGAUGACAAAAUCCCUGGGUCUUUCGACUGCAACGUUUGUGGACGCAGCUUCCCGUUCCUCAGCUCUUUGUCGCAACAUAUGAGACGCCACACUGGUGCGCGCCCUUACAAAUGCCCUUACUGUGACCACAGGGCCUCUCAGAAGGGCAACCUCAAAGUUCACAUCCGCAGCCACAAACUGGGCACGCUCUCUACCCACCACUCCAAUGAGGACGUAGAGGGUGGUGCAGAGGAGGAGGAGAUGAGUGUUUCAGAGGGUCUUGAUGGAGGUACGAGUCCAACUAAGAGCAGCUCAGCCUGUAACCGGAUGAUCAAUGGGGAUAGUGGUGAGGAGAGUCGGAGGAAAGUGCCUGGGAGGAGCAUGAAAAGAGAGAAGUCUGUUACCGACCAGAGGCCUUACUGUUGCCGACUGUGUGGCUACGAGGCCCAACGAGAAGAUCAGCUCCUGAGCCAUAUUGAAAAGGUCCACAUAACAGCAGACGCAGAGGAGGAGACCCCUGUCAAGGAAGAGGCUGUGCCUGAACCUGAUGCCAUCCAACCCCAGAGUGAUGGGACCUUCCCCUGCGAGACUUGUGGCCAGGUCUUUUCCCAGGCCUGGUUUCUCAAGUCACACAUGAAGAAACAUGCAGGGAUUCUUGACCACUGCUGUCGGAUUUGUGGAAGACGGUUCCGUGAAGCUUGGUUUCUCAAAUCACACAUGAAAACGCACAACACCAAAUCCAGGUCACGGUCAAAAGCAGAUUCCAGUGAGCAUCCUGCCACCAUCAAUGACGUUGCCCAGGAUCCUGAAAUUGUCACAGGCUCUGUUACAUCCAUCUAUCAAAUGUGUUCCAAAUGUGGGAACCUAUUUCAUAACAAGGAGAGCCUGAGGGCCCAUGAUAAAAUCCAUAGUUUCGGCUAUGGCAGGAAAUCCCAGAGCCAGUGCAGUCUCAGUGAUGAUGAGGACUCACCAGCUGCAAAGAGACGUUACCUUGACUACUUAAACCUUCAACCUGUUGUGAAGACCCUGGAUGAAGAGGAGGAGAAUGAGAAGAAGGUGCUAGGUCAAAGAAUCCCUGAGUUAGAUCCAGUUUGCAGCUACCAGGCCUGGCAAUUAGCUACUAAAGGAAGGGUUGUCGAGCCAGUGGAGCAGAGUUACAAAGCCUCCUGUGGGGGAGGAAGUAUGGGAGAGGAGGCUCUCGCUGGAGCUGCUGUUGUUUUUGAGAAAGAGAGCAGCCGUUAUGUCCUGCAAGGUCAAGAGAAACGCAGCUCCGGGCGCCGCAGCAGCUCUGGUUUGGGAAGCCAUGCUUCUUCAGGGGAUCGCACACCAGAGAGCCUCAGCGACUCUGAGUACCGGCCUUCGUCUCGCCAGGACCGACGGCGACCAUCUUCCUCCAAGUCUAAUGAAUGCUUUGAGUGUGGGAAGGUGUUUCGCAGUCGUCAUCAGAUGAUGGUUCACCAGCGAGUCCACAGGAAGGAUGGAGGUCGAGCAUCCGUGGGAGACAAGGAAAGAACUGCAAGAGACGACAGAUGGGGCUCCACCAGCGACCCUGAGUCAGGCUCCCCUAGCCGCCCCAGCACCCCGGGGUAUGGAGACUCUCCACCAGCAUCUACCCUUGGAGACCAGGCCUCAGAGAUGGGUACUGCAAAUUCUGGAGAGAUUGCAGAUGAGAAGCCUUACAUCUGCAGCCUCUGUGACUUUGUCACCACACAUUUGCAGGCCUACUUGACUCAUGUUCGUGUCCAACACCCGGCUGCCCCCGGAGACAGACCCAGCCCAAUACCCAGCCCGAGCUCCAGCUCGGACAGAGGCACCCCAAGUGCAUAUCCCAAGCUGAAGAAAGCGCUUCUCCAGGGGUUGAACAACUCUGCAUCCCCUCCAGUUUACCUUUCAGCUCGAUCCUCCCAGCUCAAUCCCAGUUUGACCCCUGUGGAUCUAUGUGUGAGGGCUGAGGGCUGCAGGGGCAUAAUCUCUCUAACCCAAGACAGGAAGAGCCUCCCUAGCCACAAGUGCUCUUUCUGCUCCCACUCCACUCGCUACCCUGAGGUACUCUGGAUGCACCAGACUGUGGCUCACCGCAUCAACAGCAGUAGCUCCAAUCUGGCUCCUAAGUGGGCCCUGAAAAACAACUCCAAGGGCUCCAGAGACAGCUUACUAUCCUUUAAGAGACGCACUGGUCCCCCGCCAGUUCUGGAAGGAAAGGAGUGUCCACCGCUGCCUCCGCUGAUGCGUGCCCAACGUACCCGGCCCCCAACCUACUCCAGUGAGGUUCUAAAGAAGAGCAGGCCAGCCAGUCAGGCAGCCAUGCCAUCAUCAUCAUCAUUAUCAUCAUCAUCCUCUACCCCCUCCUCUUCAUUCUCCAGGGGCUCCUCAUCCACCUCAGGCAACCAAGCUGCAAGAGUCCCCGUCCGGCCAAGCAGCAGCAGCAACAGCAGCAGCAGCAGCAGCAGCAGCAGCAGUGUCAGACACAUGGAGGACCAGAGUCAUCAGUCUCGCUUCAGACCCAAAGUGGACAUGUAUCCUCGGGGAGGCUCAUCAUCUUCCUCCAGCUCUUUGGAGAAGAGCACUGCUGCCCUCUCACGCUCCUCAGUCCCAAGCCCCAGCUCUGCGACUGCAUCCCGUGUGUCUGACCGCUACUUAAUGCCUCAAGAGGGCCUUGGCUUCAUGCUGUCCAGCAAACAUGGCCUCGCAGAGUACAGCCGGGCUAGGGGCUCCCCUCAUCAGCCACUUCCCAACUCCCAUAGCCAGAACCGGGCCAACGCUACGAGGCCCAGCACCAUCACCCACAGCUCCACGGCAGGACACAACUACGGAGCCUCCCAGGCACAUGGAGGCACUCUGCUGAAUUCUUCCUCCUCCUCCUCUUCCUCUUUGCCAUCAGAAACUCGUGGAGAUGUGAAGCAGGAGCAAAUUGCAGAGACACCUGAGAUGCCAACUGACAUCCUCAGCUUCCUCAAAAACUACAACCCCCAUGAACUGGCUGCCCUCUACCACCGCUGGGGUGCGGCCAAUGCACUGCUGGAUCCCACAGGGAUGCUGCGGUCUCUGAUGCGGCAGGGACAAUAUUUCUGUCAUGAGUGCGGGAAGAGUUUCAGUCAGCCCAGCCACCUGCGUACUCAUAUGAGAUCCCAUACAGGGGAGAGGCCAUUCUGCUGCCAGCUCUGCCCAUACCGAGCCUCUCAGAAAGGGAACCUAAAGACGCACGUCCAGAGUGUCCACCAUAUGCCUUUUGACAACAGCCAGUACCCAGACACAAGGAGCUUGUUGCUGAGCCAGGAGGAGCAAGGAGCGCUGGCUGCCAAACACCCACCAACCCCACAAAAACAGUAGACCGUCUGAUAGACCAGGAUCUGGACUUGGGACCAGACUAGUCAGGGAACCUGAAAACACCAUUCCUAAACAUCAGAGGACUGGACGUAGGACCUGAGACUCAUGAUAAACUUUCUGAGCCUCUCCUCUCCACCCGUCAUCCUUUAAUGACCUUAGAUGAAUUUUCUACGAUGAAGGCUCUUGUAGUUGUUUUUAUUUUAUUUUGUUUUUAAAAUAAGAAGAUAGUUAAAGCUGUGCUAGGCAAUUUUAAAAUCAAAACGUGGGGCUGCAGCAGAGGGGAGUGGCUUUUCUACUGAUUGAAAGAGUUUCUGGUGAGAAUCUGUUGUUAGAAAUUCAGGUGUCAGGUGUGCACACAAGUGGGCAAUGCUAUCCACAAAGAAGAAAUGAAAUAUAAAGUUUCUCCUCAGCAGGAAUGCUAGACACACAAUGAUCAAUCUUUUGCUUCUGUUGGUCUUCAUCAGUUCAUCGGUUUGCAAGAACGAACCAGCUGUGUGUAGUUUACAUCACCGUAAAGGAUUUCUGAAUAUAGAAGCCCUCAGAAUUCAAAGAGUUACCUUUUGCUGGCGUUUUAGAGGUACCAACACGUGAAGUUGCCUAGUGCAGCUUUACAAGAAAAGCUACAUUUUCAAUGAAAAGAAGCGGAAAAAGCUGAACUUGAAUGCAACUGCUAGCAUUUUAAUCAAGGACUGUGGCAUUGCAUGGCUGCUGUAGUCGCCCCUCCUCUCUCCCCUUUCUUUUUUUUUUAGCUUUAUUGUAUAAGAGUUUGUGCAUUCCUCAGGACACCAAUCAUCAGAGAUGAGACGAGAGAGAAGAUGCUCUGCAAUUCAUCAACAGUCAAUUGACGCAUCGCAAGUUUGUUUCCCUCUGGGUUCACCAAGAUGAAGACUUGCAUCUGUGUGUGUGUGUGUGUGUGUGUGUGUGUGUGUGUGUGUGUGUGUGUGCGCGCGUGCACACACAAGUGUGUUAAACUCACUUCCCUCCACUCCAGAGUGUAAUGUUAGGAGUGCAGUGACCACUCUGAGGCUGUGUAGCUGAUGAUUAGAAGGAGGGAGAGAGUUGGAGAGAGGUAGGAUUAAAGAGGGAGAGAGAGAGAGAGAGAGAGCGCUAAUGGGGGUGUCUGCUUUAGUGCUCAUUAAAAAGAGGGUGCAAUUUUUAAUAGCCAAUAUAAAUGAGCGUACCAUUUUUAUGGCCAUUCAAUUAUUGUCCAUUUAAGAGGAAGGGACUGAGUGGAGGCAGUUUCCCUCCAUAACUCCAUCAUAUUAAGGAGUGUUUCCGACACUUCUGACUUUGAGUUAGACUGACUUCAAAACAGUGACAGGAAGACGCUUGCUUGGCUCUGCUUUGCACAGAUUAAACUCCAACCUGUGUAUUUGCGUAAGAUAAUAUGGUACUGCAAAUGCGAGCCAGCAUAGAUGCAUCAUAUUGCUAAAGGGCAACUGACUUUUCGGCCUGUUUCAAAUAGGGCCCACACAGCUGCACCAAAACCUACCCAAUGUCUCUGGUAGAAGCAGCAGCACAGUGUACUUUAGCACCAAAGUUAGGUUAAUUUUUUGUGACUUUUCUAACCAUUCCUUUUUUCCUAUUAAAACCAGUUUUCCCAUUCAGGCCUUUUUAAAUUAACAGGUAACUGGUAUUUUUCAAUGUUAACCCUAUAUUUUCACGUUUUUGUGUCUAAGUGACUAAUUGUAACAGCAAUUUUUGAAAUUUGUCCAGUACUUGGUGAGACUUUUGCAGGCUGUAGCGGCAAUACAGGCUGCAAUGUAACGUUAAUAGGCAAUUGUGCACCAUCAAUAUAUGUCCAGUAAAAGUGCCUGUUUUCGCAACAACAGGCUCAGAUUGUUGUGAAGUGUCUGACACCAUUUUGGAAAGCAUCCCUACAGAUGUAGACCUUUAUGUUAAAGGGUAAGAUCCUUUUUAUUUAACCAGGAACAACCCUGAAAAUGUCAUCGCCAAACCCACCAGACUCCAUUUAAAUAAGCAGCAAUUCUAUUAUUGUACAACACAGUACAUUUAAAGUAACAGAGGCAAAAUAAAACUCCCAAAAGCCCUCUUGGUUCUUCUUUCCACUGUACCAAUGAUGGCCAACUCUGGUCUGAUUGAAACAAGCCCUUAAUUCAGCCAGUUAGAUUUGAAAUGAUGCUGGCUCUGUGCAUUUUAAAAUUACUGUUCAUUUAAAUGGAGUCUGGUAAGUUUGGCGAUGGCAAUUUCAAGGCUGUUGAUGGUUGAACAGAAAUUUUUUUACUCUUUAACAAGAAGGACGACCUCUGUCAGGAUCCUUUCCAUAAUGUUGUCAGGCUCUUAUUGUGAAAAUCUGAGCACUUUUGUUGGAUGUACAUUGAUGGUGCAUAAUUGCCCCAAAUGAUUACACCAAUUGGUUUGGCAACUGCUGGCUGCAGCGCUCUCAAUGCUGGACCAAUUCAAAAAUUCUCGUUCCCAUUACUCAGACACAAAAACACGGCAAAAUAGGGUCCAUGUUGAAAAAUACCAGUUAAACAAUUUGACUGGCUGUCUUUGUGUUAAACUAAUGAUUGAUGUACAUUUAGUGGACAAACAUGAGAGUGAUAUUGGUUUCCUAAAAUAUCCCAAACUGUUCCUUCAGAAUUGGCAGGUUUGUUAAACAGAUAAAAGUGACGUAUAAUUCAACAUGUUGGCUGUAAUAUAGCCUCCACAUCCGACAGAGCAAACAACCACAGAGAGAGAUGGAGCUGAUUUUGUUACCAAAGCGUUCAAGCAGACUAAUAAGCCAAACUCCCAUAUCAGUCAGUCUAAUUUCUUAAAUGGUGAUGUAAAGAUUUGCAUUCUUGGAGGAAAGAGCGACGAGGUCAUAGAAAGAACAGCCAGAGGUCAAGAGGUCAGGCUUCCAGAGAGUUCAGGUAUGAAUCCACGAGAUAGAGAUGUUUUGAAGCCCAUUGAAUUGUACAGCCGUCACAGCCUUAACACAGGUGUGUGUGUGUGUGUGUGUGUGUGUGCGUGCGUGCGUGAGUGUACAUUUAUGUGUGUGUAUGUGCAUUCUUUUCAAACCUCUCAGUACUGUAUAAGAGGUUGACUAACUCCUGUGUACUCCAGCCUCCCUCUAGAUGCUUUGUAUACUAGCCUACCUCCUUUGCAAUGAAAGCCUGUUUUAAGUUUAUCGGCUGGUAUGAAGCCUGAGGACUGGUUUUUCCUAGGAGGAGAUGCUCUCUUGGUUUUCUCUCCCUCAAUGGCCUCUACAACUUAAAAAAAAAACCAUGCCUUGACACGCUGGGGAAAAGAAGAAGAAAAGCAUGGCUGUUGAAAGCAGAAUUAAAGACCAGGAGUGGAGAGACAUUUUUGUACGCAUUCAAAUCAAAAUUCAAACCAGUUAAAGAUUACGGAGCAUACAGAGUACUGUACUUCCCAUCUAUUUUGAGACCUCAGUAGUUUUUUCCAUGACGACGAAAUGGUUGCUACACCAGUGGGUUGUUGAGUUAUGCAUACAAUGUUGUGUGCUUGAAUAUGCCUAAUAAUACACAAAUGUGUAUACUGAAGGUGUGGGUAGUGAAAAUACUUGAAACGGAUACUCUAGCCUUCGAGGUAGUGUAGUACUAAUACCAAUGUUGUACAGAAUUCCCUUUAAGAUUAACUCCUCAGUUAUGAAUUUCUACUCCGAAGUGUGACUUAGAAAAACUAUGAAGCAGGAGUGAGUGUAUGUAAUAUAAACUGUAUAUCUGUAAUCCACUCUUACCAAACCCUUAUAUACAGCGGUAGAAACCAAAUGGCAUUACUAGUGCACUUAGACUAGGUUACUGCUUUAACCGUUCUCAUUUUGUCCGAUUUUAGCUAAGGUUUCUUUGAGAAUGUCUUUUUAAUGGUGCCAGCUAACACACUUCAAUGUCAGUUAUGGUUUAGAGGCUUUUUUUUUUUUUUUUUUUUUGAUAGGAUGAUUCCAUAGAUUUAAAUGACAGAUGAUUUGUUCUGUGACGGCUGUGUGGCACAGCUUUUUAGCUACGUCUCCUCAUUGAAAGUUUGAUAAUGCUAGGUGCAGCAGUGCUUAUUUUUUCAUAAAGAUGUAAGAGUGUGUUUUUAGUCUUUCUCUUUGCUAAACUGUAGGAUUUGUUCAGUAGCUAGUCAUGGCUGCCCUCCCAGAGGGGCUGGCAGGUGUUGUUCUUUUCUCUUUGGUUGGGUUUUUAUCAUGCCUCUUAAGUUGUAUUAUUUGUGUCCGUAUUGCUUUUUUUAUUUGUUAUGAACUUCAUGAUUAAUUUACCUUAGAAGACAUUAUUAUUCCAAAUGUAUUUGGUUGAUAUCUGUAUUUAUUAUCACUUCAAAAAGGAUUAGAGGACAGAGGCAGACAGGAGCGUUUGUUUAAUUUGAUUUUUUUUUUUUUCUGGGUUGUUUUUGUUUUUAUACUGUGUAGUUUUCAUGCCAGCAAGCCGAUGUGAAAGCUCUACCUCGUCUGAGCCAUUCUCAGUUCUGUUACACUUUUGUACAUCAUUUCAAAAAGAUGUAAUGUCAUGUCCACAAUAAAGACACACAAAAUGGCA